GUUCUAGUGACUGUUAUACAAAAGUGUUUUAUCAAGCUAAAUGUUAUUCAUUAUAAAAAUUUUCUUUAUAUAAUAAAGCAAUAAACUCGUGCCUGCAGCAUCAUACAUUUAAGUCAACAGAAAGAUUAUUGGCCACUGAACAAAAAUGGAUUUAAUAAAAAUCAAAAGAAGAUAUCGACCACCGCGAAAGGAAAAGUGAGAAUGAAAUCAUCAAAUUACGAGAAUUAUCUCUGACCAAUGUAUAUAUGCAAUAAACAGCCACGUCAAUGAACGACAAGAUUAAUCUUGGCUUAGCAAUAUCGUUGAUAUGAAACACUUGCAAGGCAAUAACCAUCGAUAACUCACGAAAGUACUGCACUUCCAAAAGUACAACCGGUCAUGAAGCACGUAACUUUUAAACGGUCAAUGAAUUUUCGAAAUUGUCUCGACUUCACGCCGUGAUUAAUUAUUUAAUUAAAAUACAGUGAGUUGAAGUGUUGACAUAAUACAAGUUCGAUAAUAAAGAAUAUAUUAUUUUGAAGCAAAUAAUAUAAAAUAACGUUAACAAUAUAAUGAAGAGAAACCUAACAUUUUACUAAAGUAAAAUUUUCUGAAUUGUGACGCAGGAAGCAAAUAUUUACGAUAUAAACUGAUUCAAGAGCUACAGAAAGAUACCGAAGAAAUUUUAAAAAUGCCUGAGCAGCAUCUUGGAAUAUCGCAACAGACUUUAGUUUCUAAUAAUGGGGAUCAAGCUUUAUCAGCUAAGAAAUGGCCUCAGUAUACAGCCAGUCUAGCAUCAACGCUCGGAGCACUAGCAGCUGGAAUGGUAUUAGCGUGGUCUUCUUCUGCUGGUGACAAAGGGAUAGAGCUGCAAAAAGUGUAUGGCGUACCAGUUUCUGAAGAAGAGUUCUCGUGGAUUGGUUCGAUAAGUACAUUAGGCGCAGGAGCGAUAUGUAUUCCCAUAGGAAUUCUCGCUGAUUUUAUAGGAAGAAAGACUUCCAUGUUGUUAAUGGUGGUAUUCUUCAGUGUGGGUUGGCUCCUUAUUAUCUUUGCUGAUUCUGUGGCAAUGUUUUGCAUCGGUAGAUUCAUUACUGGCCUCAGUAGUGGAGCAUUCUGCGUUGCAGCACCAAUGUACGCAGCAGAGAUAGCUGAAAAGGAAAUACGUGGAACUCUCGGAGCCUUUUUUCAAUUGCUUUUGACCGUGGGCAUCCUUUUAUCAUAUAUUCUGGGAAAUUACGUUGAUAUACGAGAACUGUCGAUCAUAUCUGCUGUUGUACCACUUAUCUUUUUCGCGAUAUUUGUAUUUAUGCCGGAGUCACCGAUUUAUUAUUUAAAGAAAGGCGACGAGGAUUCUGCUAGAAAGAGCUUAAUUAGAUUACGUGGCGCUCAUUACGACGCGGACGGUGAAUUACAAGCCCACAAAAAUGCGAUGGAAGAAGAUAGUAAAAAUAUGGCUCCAUUCUGGACCGUAGCCAAAUCCCGAGCAACUAUUAAAGCUUUUAUAAUAGCUUACGGCCUUAUGCUCUUCCAACAACUCAGCGGUGUCAAUGCUGUUAUAUUCUACACUAGCAGCAUUUUUGGAAAAGCUGGGAGCUCAUUAAGCUCUGGUUCUUCUACUAUGAUAGUAGGUGCGAUGCAAGUAGUAGCUGCGUUCGUCAGCUCGUUAGUCGUAGAUCGUGCAGGCCGGAAAAUAUUAUUGUUGGUAUCUAUAAUUUUUAUGUGCUUGUCAUCUUGCACGCUUGGAGUUUAUUUCUAUCUUGAUGAUCAUGCAGAACGCGCAACUGUUGAUUCGAUCACAUGGUUGCCUUUAGUAUCUGUAUGCGUUUUUAUUAUAAUGUUUAAUAUGGGUUUCGGACCAGUCCCAUGGACGAUGGUCGGUGAACUCUUUGCACCAGAAGUAAAGAGUGUGGUUGCAGGCAGUGCUUGCCUUUUUAACUGGUUACUAGCUUUUAUUGUGACUAAAUUUUUUAGCAAUCUCUCAACUGGAAUGGGCCUUGGUCCUACGUUUUGGCUAUUUUCUGGAAUCUGUCUUAUUGGAUGUGCGUUUGUAGGCAUAUUAGUUCCAGAAACGAAAGGAAAAUCUUUGGAACAAAUCCAAAGAGAAUUAAAUGGCUUAUAAUUUCUGUUAUUAAAUGUACGCUAUCAAAAUUUGUAAGAAAACUUAAGGAUGAGUGAGACAGAAUAGAUUUACGUGUACAGAAUUAUUAUUUUGUCAAAUAGUAUUAGUACUUUGCACAUUUCUUCUUCUAACAUUUACAUCAUUUAUCAUUUAAUUGUACAAUAGCAUCAUAAAUCAAAUGAAAUUACAUAAAAGUGUAGAUAAAGACGAACUGAAUAAACGGUAUUCUUUUUAUAAACGUUAA